AUGUAUAUAACGGACGAUGGAUGUAUACCAGUUGCCAAUCCAUGUUUCAGCGUUACAGGACCAUGCCUAAAUGGUGGAAUUUGCGAUUUCACCGACUGCGAUUUUACAUGCAAGUGUCCAUCCACUCAUACGGGAACAUACUGCCAAGAUCCAGUAGUAAAUCCCUGUCAUUCUGGAGACCACCUGUGUGAGAAUGGCGCCACCUGUAUACCUGACAAGAUUGGCAUUGGAUACGUAUGUCAGUGUACGAAUUGUUACGGCGGAGAAUUCUGUGAAUUUGCUAAACCAGUUUUCAACCCUUGCUUUAAUCCUGACAAUAACCCUUGUUCCAAUGGUGGGACGUGUGAUUUUACAGACUGUACGUUCACGUGCAUAUGCCCGCCGGGCUACACUGGUACAUUAUGUGAGGAUAUUGUCUGCAAAACCUUAGAAUGCAAGUUUGUGUGUCCAUUUGGAAACGUCAUAGACGAAAAUGGUUGUCCAACUUGUGAUUGUUUGCCAGCUCCAUGUGACGAAGGCGACGUGCCUGUAAACUGUUUUGUAAGUCCCUGUCAGUUUGCAACUUGUUCCGUCAAACCAUCACUUUGCAUAAACAACUUUUGUAAAGGAUGCGAUGCAGUUUUCUACGAUGUUAAGGGAAAUAUCAUCGAGGAGUGUCCAACAGUUUGCCCACAAAUUAAAUGUGCAAAUCCAUGCCCGUUUGGAACUGAAGUAACUUCAGAGGGUUGUCCAACCUGCAGUUGUCUUCCGAAUCCAGAUCCGUGCCCCGAUGGAAGUGAGCCAAGUGUCUGUAAGAAAAAUCCGUGUGACGACACCAUAUGUGAAGUUAACCCAAUGACGUCAUGUGUACCAAAUUACUGUGGUGGAUGUUUUGUGGAUUUUUACGACCGCAAUUUAAAUAUUGACGCGGAAUGUCUAGAAACAAACUGUCGUGGGGAUCUUGUUUUCAAUGAAUGCGCAUCUGCUUGUCCACAGACAUGCGACAAUCCUGACAUUGUAUGCCGUGCGCUAUGUCGACCAGGCUGCGCAUGUCCAAAGGGAAAGAUUCUCAAAGAACUUUACUCGACGAAAUGCGUCGUUCCUCAAAGUUGCAACUGCAAGGGCUUGUGGUGGCGUGGACGAUGUUAUACUCUUGACACAUAUUGGAAAUAAUUUUUAAUAACUUUAUAUAUAAUGGAAUCCAACUUUGCAUGCCAGAUCACUGUCGAUUCUGACCGCCAUUAAUCACGUAAACUAACAUAGUUUGAUGUAUACUUAUACUUUAUGCCCAUUAGUUGUUUUUCCACCUUUUUUAAAACUAGAUUCAUAUUAAACUCAUCGUGAAGUUUGAUUAUUGUUUUAUUAAUUUAUUAAAAUUUAUAUCACUAAACCGACUAAUGUACGUAAAUGUAAAAAAAAAUCGUUUUCCGGAUUUGAGUUCGAGCCCAUGUUGUGCCUCUCAUGGGUGAAACGAAAGUAAACGCGAUGAUUUCGAGUAGAGUUCUCUAAUCACACUUUGUGCCGAUGUGUAAGAAAUUGAUAUUAUGUUUGUGUUUCCUUGACCAAGAGUUAGGUGUAGGCCAUCUAGUGACUCCUGCAAGACAAGAAAUAGGACAUUUACUAUUGUAGACAUAUUUUAUUUUUGUUAUUCAUCUGGGACAAGAUUUUUGCUUCCCGGAAUGCUGCCAAAUAAAUAUUAUAUGCGUACAAGCCUACUGUAUUUUAAAUGUGUUAUAUUGCAAAAAUAAAUAAAUAAAUAAGAUCACUGUAGCCCAUCAGUACAAUACCAUCAGCAGACGAACAAUAUAUGUUUUAUGCAAUAGGACUUGUUCCACAUUGAGUUACAGAAAGUUAUGAAAAUAUAUAAUCAUCAAAUAACUUUGUUUUCAAAUAUUAGGCCCCUAUAUCAUGUUUAGCCAUUAAUGCUACUAUUAAUUACUAAUCACCAAUGCCUAUUAACAUUCAUGAUCCAAUAAAAUUACAGAAAUGUUGAUAA